ACGCAGCGCGCGCAGAGUACGUGAAGGAAUUUCCGCUGACGUCACUGCGUAUGUCCAUAACAGGGCUGCAGCUGUCUGAAAGCAACAAUAACAAGCCCCGACCAACAACUUAAACGCGGCUUAAACGGUACUUGACAGCGCCAUAAACCUCCGAAUUCCACAAAAUGCGGCCGUCGAAAUAACUCCCACGUCCGUUUCUUCGUCGUCCGAGUCGGAAACCGGUUUAGCGUCGCGGUCAUCGCGGCGAGACAAACACGGAGACUCGGCCGCAGAGGAAGCAGGGUAGUCCGGGGCUGCAUCUGGGUCAGUGGGCCUGUCGGCGGUUUGGUGUCCCCGCAGUGUCCCGUCGGGCCUGUCAUCCGCUAACAUACGCGUCGACUAAAACCGUUGGAACAUGCAGGCGAACGGGGCAGGACAGGACCGAGAUUCAGAGCUGUCAUGCCGAAACGGAGCCCAGAACGGUGAGUCGUCCUCGUCGGAGGUAACGAACGGACUUCUGCCAGUCACCAACAAUGGAAACACUGUCAGCAACAACAACAAUGGAGUGUCAGCCCAGCCCGCGUCCAACAACACCAACAGCCCGUCCGAUGUCACCUCCGGCGGCAAGAAGAAGAAGCGUCUGUCCCAGUCCGAGGAGGACGUUAUCCGGCUAAUAGGACAACAUUUACACGAUUUAGGUCUCAAUCAGACCGUGGACCUCCUGAUGCAGGAGUCCGGUUGCAGACUGGAACACCCCUCAGCCACCAAGUUCCGCAACCACGUCAUGGAAGGAGAGUGGGACAAGGCUGAGAGUGAUCUGAAUGAGCUGAAGGCACUGAUGCACUCUCCCAGUGCUAUAGUGCGGAUGAAGUUCCUGCUGCUGCAACAGAAGUAUCUGGAGUAUUUGGAGGACGGAAAAGUUCUGGAGGCUCUGCAGGUUCUCAGAGCCGAGCUCACUCCCCUCAAGUACAACACAGAGCGCAUCCACAUCCUCAGCGGGUACCUGAUGUGCAGCCAUGCAGAGGACCUGCGGGCCAAAGCAGAGUGGGAAGGCAAAGGCACAGCGUCCAGAACAAAGCUACUGGACAAACUCCAGACGUAUCUGCCUCCGUCUGUGAUGCUGCCGCCUCGUCGUCUGCAGACUCUGCUGAAGCAGGCGGUGGAGCUUCAGAGGGAACGAUGCCUCUACCACAACACCAAACUGGACAGUGGACUGGACUCCGUCUCGCUGCUGCUGGACCACGCCUGCAGCCGGAAACAGUUCCCCUGCUACACUCAGCAAAUUCUGACUGAACACUGUAACGAGGUCUGGUUCUGCAAGUUCUCCAACGACGGCACCAAACUGGCAACCGGAUCCAAAGACACCACAGUCAUAGUGUGGCACGUGGACACGGAGACCCACACACUGAAGCUGAUGAAGACUCUGGAGGGCCACGCGUACGGCGUUUCAUAUUUGGCGUGGAGCCCUGAUGAUGCCUAUCUGAUAGCCUGUGGACCUGAUGACUGCUCUGAACUGUGGCUGUGGAAUGUGCAGACGGGGGAGUUACGAACAAAGAUGAGCCAGUCUCACGAGGAUAGCCUGACCAGCGUGUCCUGGAAUCCAGAUGGCAAACGCUUCGUCACCGGGGGGCAGAGGGGCCAGUUCUACCAGUGUGAUUUGGAUGGAAACCUCCUAGACUCGUGGGAAGGAGUUCGUGUGCAGUGCCUGUGGUGUUUGAGUGACGGCCGGACCGUCCUCGCCUCCGACACCCACCAACGCAUCCGAGGAUACAACUUUGAGGACCUGACAGACAGAAAUAUAGUGCAGGAGGACCAUCCCAUUAUGUCUUUCACUGUCUCUAAGAAUGGAAGGUUAGCGCUGCUCAAUGUUGCUACUCAGGGAGUUCACCUAUGGGACCUGCAGGACCGGGUGCUGGUGAGGAAGUAUCAAGGGGUGACCCAGGGCUUCUACACCAUCCACUCCUGCUUUGGUGGACACAACGAAGACUUCAUCGCUAGCGGCAGUGAAGAUCAUAAAGUUUACAUCUGGCACCGGCGCAGUGAGCUGCCCAUCGCGGAGCUGACGGGUCACACCCGCACUGUCAACUGUGUGAGCUGGAACCCCGUCCUGCCGGGUCUGCUGGCCAGCGCGUCUGAUGACGGGACCGUCCGAAUCUGGGGACCCGCCCCCUUCCUGGACGUCCAGGAUGCAGAGGGCCUCAAUGAAUGUUGCAGCAUGGACAGCUGAUAAUCUGCUACGAGCCCGAGGAGCAUUAAGACUCUGUAGACACUUGAAUGGAUGAAGGGAGGAAAGCUUUGGUGAUUGGACAGCUGCUUCUCUGGAGGCGGGGCCACCGAUGCUGCGAGUCAUGCUGACGACAACAACAACAAUAAUAUGGAAGCGAUGUCAAUCAGACUUCUUAUUGAAAGCAGGGCUGAAGCCGGGCCCCGGGGACCUCCACCUCAUCCUCCUCCUGUCCGGACCCCAUUCCCUCUCCGCCAUCCAGGACCAGCCACCUCCUCUUAUUUAUUAUUAACAACAUUAUUUAUUCUGAGUAGUUCACUGAGGUAGCAGCGUCUGGUGGAGGAUGUGUGUUCUUAGUUUUUCCUCACUCCUGCGUCUGAGCUGCUCAUGACAACACGCUUCGUUUUCCUCUUUCACCUCCGGAACCUUGGAAGAGAUUUUACCUGCAGGAACAUUGGAUGGAUGUACCGCCCACUUGAAGAGAAUCUUUUAAAAAUGCUAAAUGCUUAUCCUGUCCUGAAAUGUUUUUUUUUUUUCCUUUUCAGCCUAAAGGGUUAGUUCUGUUUUUUGUGGUUGUAAUGAGGUACGUAUCCAUUCUCUGUGUUUUACCUCUAGUCGAUUCCGGUACAGAGAAGCAGACAGAAGCUAAACGAUGCACUUUAGACUGAAAAAUCAACAUCAGUUUUACAGAAUAUUGCAAUAUAUCAAUGCUUUACAAUCUCUUCAGAUGAAAAACUGAAGCUGUUGUAUAACUCAAAACCAUCAGACACCAGUUGAUGAUCUAACUGGUUACCUGGUUGUAAUGUUGUAAGACUCUGGUGUUUUAAAUUCAACAUAUAAAUUAUAUUAUAUUAGGGCAGCAGUAGAUCAGUAACUCCUGUGUUCUGUGAGCCUGGAGGCUUGGUAUAGAAUAUUACCAAAAAAGUGAAAAGUCAACAUUUGCCAUUAAUAUUACUUUCAAAGUAAUCCAGGUGGCGUUGUGUGUAAAUGUGAGUGAAACAUCUGGUAAAAUUAAAUGAUAAUUUAAUUCAUCUUCUGAACCUGCUUUAUCCUCACUACACUGGAAAAAAUCUAAAUCUUACCAAGUGUAUUUUUCUCAGUUCUGGUCAAAAUAUCUCAUCAUACUUA